AGCUAAGAUCGCUAUGAAAUCCACUGUGUAUUCAAAGCGAAGAAGAACGUUGUACUGUACGAGAGGCUUUUUGAAGCUCAGAGACGAAUUUGAUGCCCUAUUAUUUCCCCUUCUUUCUUUCACAGAAAGAAAACCAUGGACACCAACCCCCUAAAGACUUUCGAAAUCGAACGAGCGCGAUUACUACGCGAGAACAAGCAAGCACUAAGUAAGCUCUCGGGCAACCUCAGUAACGUCAAUCAAAACAUACAAACAAUCAACUCGAUCGCUGCUGGAUUCCACGAACCAUCGAACCUUUGGCACGAAUUCCACAAAACUCUCAAGGGCGAAACGAAAGACACUGGUGCUGCGAGUAGUGGCGCAGAAUCAAUGGAUACACGCAGCUAAUAAAAGAUAACGUGGUCGUUCUUUCAUUUAUUCAAGUAAACAAAGGCUAUCAUACAAGCAAGCAAAAACACUUAUAGACGAGCGUCGGCAGGCACCAUUUCUGCAGGGAUUU